UCUGUUCUACUGCGCAUGCCUAUCACAAAUGACUGCAGAAACCGGAUGUGUGUUUCCAUGGGCACAUCCAUUUGUUUAGCUACCUCGCUGAUCUGUUAUGAAACUACUGGAAACCAGUUGGGGUAAAGCUCUUGGCUUCUUCGCUGUUCUGCUCGCUGUCAUUGCAUCCGUUUUACAACAUCUAGAAAACUGCGAACAGACGAUAUACACCAGGAUGACACACGACCUGAAAACACUGGCAGAGGACUUCAGACAGAAGAAUAAAAGUUGUUUUAUCCUGGGUGCCUCUGGCGAGACAGGCAAGGAGUUACUGAAAGAGAUUGUGGAGAGGAAGCUCUUCUCGAAGAUCACUCUCAUCGGAAGGAGGCAGCUCACAUUUGAAGACAAAGCGUUUGAGAACCUGGUGCAGGAGGUGGUGGACUUUGAGAAACUGGAUGACUAUGCUGCAGUAUUCCAAGGACAUGAUGUUGGCUACUGCUGCCUGGGAACGACCAAAGCCAAAGCAGGGGCUGAUGGAUUCAUCCGCGUUGACCAUGACUAUGUCCUGAAGUCAGCGGAGCUCGCCAAGGCAGGAGGCUGCUCACACUUCAACCUAGAGUCUUCUAAAGGGGCUGACAAAACCAGUGGUUUUCUCUAUCUCAAAGUGAAGGGACAAGUGGAGGCAGACAUUGAACCGUUGGGCUUCGAGAGGUUCUCUAUCUAUCGCCCUGCGGUGCUGAUGGUUGACAGGCAGGAGAGCCGGCCUACUGAGUGGUUUGCCAGGAUGGUCCUUGGCCCUAUUUCCUCCAUGUUUCCCACGGCAAUGUCCAUCCCCAUCCAAUCAGUGACCAGGGCCAUGGUGGCCAACACACUGAUUCCUGCAGGGGAGAACGUGGAGAUCCUGGAGAAUAAAGCCAUCUAUGACUUGGGGAAGGCCCCAGAGAAAUGAGGGACAGUGAACAGGGAAGGUGUCUCUCAAUAGCUUCAUUUCAUCAUAUCCUGUCCUCCAUACCACCACUGGUCUGUCUAGACAUGACACGUGAGAGCAAUGUGAAGGGAAACCCUAUCCAGUCCUUUCACCUGUCAAUGGUAAUGAGGGAAAGGUGUUGAGGAAAUUUGAGUAUUGGGAACUCAGCCAGAGACUGAUGGUGACGUGUGUUGUGCUACUGCCAUUUAAUGUGAUGGUGCUUUUUCUUCAUGACAAUCUAUUUUCUACUAACACUUUCCUUUGAAAACACGAAGGAGGGUCAACAACAAGUGUAAAGGUGAAUUUCUAGAGCAAUGCAGAUGCUCUCCGAGCACAUGGUCAAGCAUUCAAAGCUUCAUUGGCUUCAACUUGAGGUUCCUUGCAACCAUGAUGGAGUCAACACGGUAGCUAGCUCUAGUCCUCUAAAAAAACAUACUUUCCCUGCUUGAGCAGGUGUUGUUGAGUGUCUCGGUUUCUCCGGGAAUGAGUCCAAAGGGGAAUAUUUCCUUAUGAAAAGUGCCAUUAAAGCGCUUCAUGGGUAAUGCAAAUAAGAUAUAAUUGGGAAAUGAUGAUGUAAUUAUGAAUACUGAAAUCUGCCUUCUCUGUAAAGACUUUGUAUCCCAAGUG